AUUUGCAGUGAAAAAAUUAGAAAAGGGAAGAGAGAUGAGUACAAGAGUUACCUAUGAGGACUUCAAACCCUCUUUCAAAUGGAAUCAUGAGGAAGGAUCUGAUACUCUCGAAAUAUCUCUCCCUGGAUUCAAGAAGGAGCAAAUCAAGAUUCAAAUGGACAAUUUCAGGAACCUGAAAGUCAGUGGAGAGCGCCCUCUGAUCGGCGAGCGUUGGAGACGCUUCUUUACGAAUUUCCGUAUUCCUUCGAACACCAGCAAUGCUGACAUUCGAGCAAAGUUUGAAAAUGGCACUCUCUCUAUGAUAUUUCCGAAGCUCUUUGCUCGACACCCUACACAAAACCAAACAACAAACGCACAAGAGCCUGCAUCAGACAAGAAAACCGCAAUUGAACCCAAACCAAGAGAAGAUAACGUGCAAAAAAACCAAGAAGAAAAGGAGAAAAUACACAAGGCUAAGGCUGGCGAUAGAGGACUGAGGUUUAAAAGACAUAAGCAGCUCAUGGUGAAUGUCGGGGUGGCCGCUGUGAUCUUGGUCGCAGUAGGAUUUUAUGUGUCAUGUAAACUGAGGAAGUUAACAGAGGCAGAUAGCAACUAGGUUAUGCAUCAGUAGGUGCAUUUUCAAACUUCGUCAUUAAUCAUUAUAUUGAAGAAAAAUAAAUAACAUCAGAAAGACAACUAAUGCUGCAUUUCGUAUGUCAAAACGUACAUCCAUCUCAAACUACUAAUUUGCAGCCUAUUAAGUGCGUAAUAAGCAUUAUAUAUCAUAAGAUGGAGAUCUAACUCCAUCUUAUGAUACAUAAUUUAUAUACGAUCAGCUUAUUAUCUCCAAAGAAAUAACAUGAUAUCAAAAUCUAUUUGCAAAUAUCACGGCAAUAAUUUGUGGCUGACCAGAAAUGGAAAUGAUAUAUACAGAAAAGAAGUUUAUAUACGAUCUGCUUAUUAUCUCCAAAGGAAAAACAUGUGCAUAAAACUACUAAUGCUGGAGCCUAUUAAAUGUGUCAUAGUAAUUAUAUAUAAUAAGAUCGAGAUUUUGUGCAAAGCAGACAAGAAAGCAUCAUACAUCAGGUCAGAAAUUAUUCACAAAGAACAUGAUGUUAGUCUAUCGGUAAGCAGAAAUGAAAUUAACAGACAAUAAAAAAAAGUUUAUAUAGAAUAAGUUGAUAACUAAUUACCUUGAGUUUGUCUGAGCUAAAAGCCAGAGAGAAAAUGGGCACAUUCAGUCCAGCUGGUUCUCACAAUCACAAGUUGCACAAAACAUGAAAAUCUUGUUACAAGUGUUUGUGACAGUGAGAUUUUUUUUUUUUUAAAAACCUUAUUCAUGCAAACCAACUCUUUAAGGGGCAAGUUUCUAAAUUUGUUCAGAAACAGUUAGUCAUGCCCUUAUAUAUGUUUGUAAAAAAGAAUGCAAUUCACGGGUGGUGACAAAGUCGAUCAUUCUCAAACAUUUCACU